AUGGGAGCAACUCACGCUAACGGAAACCCUCCUGCGGCGCUUGAUGCUAUGGAGUUCAGAAAAGAGCGCAGAAACGAGCCCAAUGAAGAUGACGAUGGUCCGUGGUUUAAAUGGAGUCUUCAAUGUGACGAAGACAGAAGGCGGACGGACGCGGGUUGCAAAACUUUUUCGGCCGCGGGUCAGGCCUUGCAACGCAAUGACGAGCACUGCUACGAGGCGAUGGACGGCCACAAGAAGACUCUGUACAUUUGGGGGGCUCCGGACAGCAAAGGCCAAACCAAAAGAAGGUGGAUUCCCCAAAUUGUAGUGAAGAACUCUAAUUGGCUACCGAAACAGAAUUAUUGUCGCGGAAUCACAGUUCCGAACUUGUUCGCGGGGCGUCCUUUGAACAAAGGCGACAUUAUCACGAUGGUCACUGGACCCAAGUACUGGCAAUGUUCCGAUGUUGAUUUUACGAAACUUCCCAGUGACCCGGAGUUAUUGCGCCAAAUUGCGGCCAAUAACAACAUUGGCGCGCAUGUCGUGACAAAUCCCAAGAUCGAUGUGCAAGAUAGCAUGUUCCCUAUUCGCGGCUGUGACGGAAGAGCUAUGAUUUUGGUUGCCAAACAUUUCAACGGACCAGGAGUCAAAAAUGCUGAUAUGCUGUUUGGGGCGCACAUCUCUUGGGCCAUUUUGCACCGAAUAUUGCAAAUGGACUUGAGCGACGACGAGCUGCAAGAGCUACUCCAAGCACUUUUCAACGCAAAAAAUUGCACUCUCUACGAAGACGGUCUGAUUGUGGCGACGAAACUCAUCAAGAAAGGCGAAGAAAUUCUUUGGUAUGAACCUGGGCAAGAGCUAGCUUCCGUCGGUAAAAAGCCCUUUGCUAAAAAUGCAACUACAAAAUCUACGGGAAAUAUGACUGGCAACGUGGAAAAAAAUCACAAUCUGGCACGAAAAAAUCGCCCUCUGGCAUGA